AUGAUCUCAGGAAUACAUGCACAGGCGCUUUUCAAGCGAUAUGAGCAAUUAAAGCUCGUUGAAUUAAGCAAAAAUGAUCUUAUCGAGGAUUUAUUACGACGUGUGAGCGAGCUCGAAGACGCUUAUCACCAAGUCAAAGUUGAACAUGAACGUGAAAUUCGUUACAACCGAGAUAUACAGCUCCAUGAGAUGGAGUUAAUGGAGCAGAUAAAGCGAGUUAAAAAAAUAAUGGAUCGUGAACCGUUCGUUAUUGUACUCCUCGAUGGCGAUAAAACACUAUUCCUUGAUCAAUAUAUCCGCGCUGGAGAGCAAGGUGGAAAGGAUGCUGCGAAUAAGCUGGCUGCUGAUUUGGGUGAAUACGUCUCAGAACAUCUUCCCAACGUCGCCUCGCCGAAAAUAGUCGUCCGUAUAUUUGCGAAUGUUAAAGGUCUUGGCAAUACAUAUCACCAAGCUGCCAUAAUCGAUAAGACAUUAGUGAUGGAUGAUUUUGUGCGGGGAUUUAAUGAGAGUGGCCUGCUCUUCGACUUUAUCGAUGUCGGACAAGGCAAGGGUAGUGCAGAAGAUAAGAUUUCAGAAACCUUAAAGCUCAAUAUUUAUAGCUGUCACUGCCACCAGAUCUACCUAGGAUUCUCUCAUAAAAACGGCUGCACCGAGCUCCUGCAAGAAACGAUGGAGGAUAUUGACCUUACAGGACGAGUCUCCUUGAUUGAAAGCAUUCCUUCAGAAAAGGAGCUGGAUGAUCUCAAGGCUUCUUUCCGCAUUACCCAGUUCUCGGGUAUCUUUCGCAGCACCGAGAUCUCUUCAAGUCCCAUUGCGUCAGUGAAGACGCCAGUCAAGACUCAGAACGCGAUGCUCUCGCCUCAUCCACGAUCUGCCUCUUUGACGCGGACGUCGACGAAUACUUCAACGAGCUCUGCUACUCCGACCUCUUGGUCAUCGUGGGCGUCGGUAACUGCGUCAAAUCCCGGUGACGUGACUCUUCAGUCUCUAAAACCAGCCAGUGCUGCGGCACCAAAGACACCUGUUGUCGAGCGAAAUAAGCUUGGCCAGCGGAUUGAUCGCAUGGAUUUUAAGUCUGUCUCCAAGGAGGAAUUGAGUCGAAUCAAGAAGAUGAAACUCUGCAACCUUUAUUUCUUACUUGGAGAAUGCCCGAAUACGAACUGCUAUCACGACCAUGAUUAUAAACUCUCGAAAGAAGAAAAGGACGUCCUACGUGCUGUUGCUCGCAUGACACCAUGCCAUUUUGGAAUGACAUGCGAUGACCCAAAAUGCAUUUAUGGACAUCGCUGCCCUCAGAGCGAAACUGGAAAGAAAGAGUGUCAUUGGGGCAGCAGUUGUCGCUUUGAGCCUGCACAGCAUGGAAUCGAUCUGAACGUGGUCAAAGUCACCAAGAUCUAA